AAUCCCUGGUUUGAAACAAUCCCUGACCAAAUUUUCGUGACGUCAUACUAACGCACUUCCUUUAUUUCGAAGAAGCGCAUCGCAUCUUAACAAAAACGUGAGCAUAGACCAUUCAUUCAAUUAAUUGUCCCAGUACCACACACUCGCUGAACAGUGGAUAGUUUACUGAACUGAAGAAGGCAUAUACUGUCCAGAAGGUACAUAAAAACAGCUUGUCUUAGUUUUCGAUGAAAACUGUUUCUACUUGCCCUUAAAUCGGUCGUGACAGGAGUACAGGUAGCACUCUGAACUGUGACUGGCACUAAUGGAGCAUACAUUUUCUUCACCGAGAAAUUCCGCUCAAACAACAGAUGAUCCAAUGACGAUGAUCAGCCCUACAUUUCAUCUCGUUCUUGCUGUGGUGGAUUUCGGUCUCUCCGCAGUUACUACAAUGGCGAAUGCAGCACUAUUGUGGACAAUAUUUCGUGACAGUCGUCGCCUACUUGAAACGCCCCCGUCGCUGUUGAUCGCAAACUUGUGCGUUUCUGAUCUUGCGGUUGGAUUGAUCGCUGGUAACCUUGUGGGGGUAAAGGAUGUCUAUCGAUAUCAAGGUUUGGACGUUCCCGUGUUGCUAGAUCUUAUAAUCCGUUUGGGUCUUGGAUUGUCAUUGUUUGUUAGUAGUGGAUCCAUCAUAGCGCUGUCCUGCGAUCGCUAUAUUGCUGUAAUGCAUCCCCUUAAAUACCGAUCAACCAUGACAAAGGAAAAAGUUAGGUAUUGCAUCGCUUUAAUUUGGUUAGUUGCUGUGACCGUGUUUUUUCUACCGCUGACAAAUGUUCCUGAAGAAAUAUUCAAGAUCGUGUAUGCUCACACCCACGCUUCGCUCCCCGCCAUACUAUUGACGAUGAUGUACUGUAAAGUUUUCCUCGCUUUCGGCAAAAGAAAACGCGAACUAAAAGACGCUGGAAUCACGUCCUCGAUGAGAAGCAAACAAGCCCUGGACCGCGAAAAGAACAUGGUCGUGACAAUUCUGAUUGUGUUGGCGUUAUUCUACGUGACAGUUCUGCCUGAAUUCGUUGCGCUACAUCUGAUGCAGUUUUGCGAAUCUUGUAAACGAUCAUUACUUUUUAGACAGUUGGAGGUGGUGUUUUCGCGAUUUCUUUUCCUUAAUUCUGCCAUGAACCCCUUUGUAUAUGCAUGGAGAUUGCCCAAGUAUCGCCAUGUAUUCUUAAGAUAUCGUUCCAGAAAAUUUUCACCUACCUAUGUCUAGAUUCUUUAAUCAGAGACUAUUUUGAUAUGGUAGUUUUGUUGGGAGCGCGCGCCUGUAGCCUGCAGGGCAGACUUCUGUUAGCCGGUGCCCGAUGUAUUUGUAAAUAAAAUGAAUUGUAAAUAUAAGUCAA